AUGUAUAAAUUAGGUGCGUCCGACGGCGGGAACAGGGUGAAUCUUUUGCGACCUGAAAUUGGUAUGUACAGGUUGUCUGCAUGGUCAUGGUGGAGACCUGAAGACGAGGCACCGGGAGAAGGUAACGAUCUUCCGAGUCCCAGGUUAGGCUCUUUGGCAUUGAACAGUAACCGCGAGUCUGGGUCGGAUCGGCCCAUCCAGAGGUUGAUCUGCUGUGGCACGAGAAUUUCAAGUAGUUCGGGCCUGAUCAGGUCCAUUGACCAUUUCCUGUAG